UCAACAAAUUAAAUUUGUUUACUCAUUCUAGUGCACCCUGUCUUAAUUGUUAUUUCCCCUUUUUAAAAGUCUAAUUAGGCUUUGGCCUACAUAAUAUGAAUUCUAGUAAUUAAAAUUACCGAAUCUAAGUCUAAUAUCCACAAGUUUUCGUCGAUAUGUUAAUGGUUUUCUGUUCAGGUCAGUGUGUCCUAAUUUAACCUACAUACAACAUACAUAAACAUAACAGAAGAAAUGGGGAAUCCAGACAGUAAUUCUACAAUCGAUUCAAGAGAAAAAGAGGAAUCUGCUCCACCACGAGAAUCACUUAUAAAUCAUGCUUUGACCUUCCUGUUGGAUAAAAAAAUAAGGGACCAGGAUCCUUCAUUGCUACGUAGGUUUUUAAUGAAGAAAGGGCUUAGAGAAGAAGAAGUAACAAUUGUGUUUCAACGAUUUGAGGAUAUUAAGAAUAAAAAUGCUUUGGAGAAUGUUGCGAUGUCCAGUCAGUUAGUUCCGUCACAACGUUUCCUAGGCCCGCCAUUACCCCCACCUCCUUCGUCAUUGUGGGUCACCGUGCAUCGAGUUGUCACGACCAUCACUUCUAUCGGAGGCAUUGUAUACGCCAUCUACUGGCUUUGGAAGACAUACAUAUCUCCGUACCUUUUUGGCCGUCGACCCAAGAGGAAACCUGUAGAUGAGAGCCUAGCAGAGCUAGGUGCUGCAGUCAGCAGUUGUGCUGCAGACCUGCGUACGCUACGCAGUGGAGUGGACGCUCUGACUGCGGACAGAGCUGCGGAGAUGGUGGUCAACACUCGUCUGCAGGAGAUCAAGUCCGAGGUGACCAGUCUCAAGAGCUUGCUUCUCAAUAGGAAUCAGUUCCCGGCUACUCCUUCGACCGGGCCUCUGUCCAUCCCCGCCUGGCAGUUAGCAGCAGAGACUCACUCCCGGGCGGAGGGUGAGGAGGAGGGGGAGGGGGAAGGCUCCAAUGGUGGCACCAACGGCAGCGACAGCAGCCUCGAGAUCGUCAAAUUGACACUUUUUGUUUGAAUCGCUUCUUCCUGUUUUUAAGAAUCCCAUUAUCCUGACUAA